ACAUUGCCGCAUUAUCUUUUCCAACUGCCAUUUCAAUUCUAUGGAUGCUUAAUAAAACUCCACCGGUUUGGUUUCUUACUAUAACUGUCCUUUUAGUUGAACUCAAAUUUUUAUUUUAUCUUCUUUUAGGAAUUAUAGUUUUUGCUUUCGCACACUCUUUACAUAUCUUGUUAAGACCUACUACUGAUUUUUCUUAUGAUCAACCAAGUUAUACUGAUGAUGUUAAUAAUCCUUGGAAUCUUGCUACAAGAUAUCAAUCUAUCUUACCUAAUG